UCAACAGAGAGAGGAAGGUGGGAAAAGAAAGAUAAAAAAUGAAAAAUGAAGUCUAAUUUUAACUUAGCGGAAGCGUACGAACGAUUUUUGGAGAUCCCCAACGCCGAAGGAGGAAGUGUGGUGGAUUUCACUCCAAAACCAUCCGGUAUUCGCCUCCGACGGUGACACAUCAACUGCAGCUUCAGUUCGAGCUCAGAGGAAUCUCCUAGCUUGGGACGGAUCCUCCAGGCUCUAUUACUGGUACUCCAACAAGCAGUGCCUUCAGCGAAUCUCCAUUCGAUUGGGCGAUCCGACACCAACUCCCGUCACCGCCGCUUCUUCCUCUCAGCUGAUGUGCAGCUGAAUUUUGCGGUUACCAUCAACGAAGUGGAUCGGCUUGACUCCUUGCUGGCUUAGAUGGUCUGUGUGUGAAGUACUUCCAUGGACGAUCUUCCACCAAAGAAAACACUAUUGUUUGCAGGUGUACAAUGAAGAUUUUUUGUUUUCUAUACUGAGCAUGUUGGGUUUGAGCUGUUUGGAAGCAGAUUGAAGAGGACGACUGAUAUCUAAUAUAUGGGGCUUAGAUGCUGAGUGGCUGCAUAAUGCAUGUUUGUAUGAAGACUUUUGCAACAGUAGGAAUUGCACAUGAGAGAAAGCACUGUACAUAUAGCAGAGUGGGUCACUUUUGCUAACAUGACUGCUUUAAUUGGGUCAGAAAUCUAUUUCAAUGACAGCAAUGUGAUAACCAUAUUGGAGUUCUCUCUUCUAAUUCAGUUUUCAGACUUUUUGACUUGUCUUCAGAUGUCGUUCAACCAGAGCAGGAAUAUUAUUUGUAGCCCAUUGAACGUGAUAGAUCCAGGAAAGCUACGUCAGUCUUCCCAGUUGAUUUUUCUUUUGGGGGACGACCACUUGGGGGACAGGUUUAGUCAUUUAUAAAUGGGAGUUGAUAUUGGAAAUAUAUAGUGAUGCUGGUAGGUUUGGGCUGAAGUCAGCCAAUUCAUCAGCUGUUAACAAUUCUAAUUUGGCAAUCACUUGGUGGGAAGCUACUUUUCCUGAAUUAUCUCAAGAGGCAACAGGUGGACAAAAUCUCUCUGCAGUCAAUGCUCAUCCAUAUGCUUUGUUUGAUGCUUCACUUGCUUUGCAGGUGUGUCUCCUCUUUAAAAAAGAGUUCCUGAACGCUCUAUGUAUGAGGUAAUUAUCCCUAGUGGCAAAAUGUCAAUUAGGCCAAAUAUUUUUAUGUAAAGCUGUUAGGACGAAAAUUUAUGCCUUCUUUUGCCCUCUUGGUAGUGAGCUCUAUUUUCAUCCUCUAGAAAUUGCUGUGCCCCCAAAAUAAUGUAUAUAGGAUAAUUUACAACUCAGUGAAAGAAUGGGGCAUCGCUACUGAUUUCUUAUUUAUAUUAUUUCCGAUAAUUUCCUAGUAGUAUUAAAGAAGGAAGGUUGAC